UUAUUAUAAUGGAGAUGACCAUGCAAGAUGGAGAGAGACAAUAAUAACUUCAGCAUCGCACUCAAGUCAUUGUCAACAGAUGUAUUAUCUUAGACCUACUUAGCCCUAUCAAGUGAUCACACAACCUUUCCAAGACGAAUAGAGUUAGCCAAUUCGGAUUCUUAAUUCUUGUUAAAUGGGCAUUUCCCGGCGACGGGAAGUAUUGCUAUUGAAAUGUUUAGUAGUUUAUUUUAAAAAUGCAACUACUGGAUUUUAUUUCAUACCCUGCUCAGCGUUUUUGUUUGAGAAGUGGACAACCUUCUGAUGCAAUAGUACAGCCUUGAUACUUCAAACCAAAAGGCCCUAUCCAGAUGAAUAGUUGUCAAACAGAGUUUUUAUUUGAUAGUGUGCCUUGGGGUGAUGAUGACGAAGACUCUCAAUUUUAUCACCGGAAUAUUUCUAGUUUUCCAGUAUCAAAUAAGUAAUGUGGAAUUAAUGCAUGCAAGUGGUCUGGAGAGUGUGUCUGAGGACCAGGCAUCCUCCAGCCAGAGGUGGAGGAGGUGGCUGGCCACCCCCAGGCCGGGGGCCUCGAGCUGGGCCAGUGACGACCGCCACGGCCACUACAAGGACCAGGAUGACCUACUGACUGAGGAGAGACAUGACAACAGCUCCCAGAUUGAAGACAUGAACCAUAACUACUACACCUCUAAGAUAUACGGGGCUGCAGAGACUGCUGGUAAAUCUCUGUGGGUGGACAUAGACCAGCUGGACCCAGGGAAGGGGAAGAUCCACGGCCUGCUGUCCAACACACACAGACAAGCAGCGAGAGUUCAUCUGUCCUUUGACUUCCCUUUCUAUGGUCACAUACUGAGAGAAAUCACAGUGGCAACUGGUGGUUUCAUCUACACAGGAGAUGUCAUCCACAGGAUGCUGACAGCCACUCAGUACAUCGCCCCUCUGAUGGCCAACUUUGACCCCAGUAUGUCCACAAACUCCACUAUCAGUUACUUUGACAAUGGCACAGCCUUGGUAGUCCAGUGGGAUCAGGUUCACCUGCAGGACAGUGUCAGUCAAGGUCCAUUUACCUUCCAGACUGCUCUGCACAGCGACGGACGCAUCGUCUUUGCCUACAAAGAGGUUCCCAUUGACAUCAGUGAGAUCAGGUCAUUGAACCACCCUGUCAAAGUGGGCCUCUCAGACGCAUUUGUGGUGCUUCAUGAGAUUGAGCAGAUACCCAAUGUUCGCAGGAGGACCAUCUAUGAGUACCACAAAGUGGACAUCCUCAAGUCCAAGAUCGCCAACUCUACAGCGGUUGAGAUGCUUCCUCUGCCCACUUGUCUUCAGUUCUCCAGCUGUGGACCUUGUGUGUCAUCUGAGAUCAGCUUCAACUGCAGCUGGUGCAGCAGACUACACAGGUGCUCCAGUGGCUUCGACCGGCAUCGUCAGGACUGGAUAGAUAAGGGCUGUCCUGAAGAGGGGAAAAACCAGAGCUGUGUUCAGAUGGUUCACACCAACACCAACACCACAACACCUUACAAUGUUCCUAAUGCUCACACUACAACCACUCCAGUUGCCACGACAAGAACAGUGCGACAACGGACUACCACCUCCAUUACCACGACUACCUCCACUACCACCACUACCACUACCACUACUACAACCAGACCCAUACCCAAUGUCACCACUGCCCUCCCCUUCACCAGUGCUCCUACGGUGGAUGACACAAAGAUUUCCCUGCACACAGUAAAAGAAGCGUCUGCUGAAGUGGACGAGCCAGAGGAGGAGCAGAGAGACGUGCACCUACAGACUGGUCUCCUGGUGGGCAUCUCGCUGGCCAUGAUUGCCAUGGCAGCAGCUGUCAUAGCAACGGUGUACAUGUACAACCACCCGACCUCCAGCGCCAGCCUAUUCUUCAUUGAGAGGCGGCCCACACGCUGGCCGGUCAUGAAGAUGAAGUUCCGUCGCGGCUCUGGGAAUCCUGUGUACGCCGAGGUGGAGGCUGCAGGGUUGGAGAAGGACAGUCUGGUGGUCAUCGACCCCAAACACACCUUCAUCAUCUCCGGCCACGACCGCAGGGAGAGCUUCAUGGACGGCAAGGACGGCUUCAUCGUCCCCAACCAAAGAGAACGCUUCCUGUCAGACCAUUGCUGACCGGACCUGACUGGAACUAACCGGAUCGGAACUGGACCGGAUCUGACCAGAACUAACAAGACCUGACCAUUCAGGAGGCUUUGGGGGAAACUAGUAUUUUAUACUGUGGAAGGAGAAUGUAUGCUUUCGCUACCUUGCAUUCCAACUAAGGUGCAUGAAUAGAGGAACAGACUGGAUUUGUGAGAGACCGUAUUCAGAUACUUAGAGGACAAAUGGACGUUUGUAGGGGGAAAAAACGUAUAUAUUGUUAAAAACCAACAUGUUUCGGCCUUCUUCAGUUGUACCGUGGAAGAACUGUGUCAAGUGGAAUUCCUUGAACCAAUAGAUGGCCUUUUAUUUAGCACAUAAAAACCUCAAGGUUCAGAGCUGCUGAGGAGGAAAAACUAGCUGAUUUCAAAAACAAUUAAAUACAUAAGCUAAGAAUGUCAUUGGCAUGUUUAACAGGUUUUGUUUUCCUGGUGGAAUGCACUGCUACAGCUGACUGGAGAUUGAAAUGGCAGUGCCUCAGGAGAAUCUCGGGCCUAUGCAGAGUGACUGAACUCAACGACAGCUUCAGGACAUGCUUGAACAAUGUAUUGAUGAUUCUCUACUGUAAAUAUGCUUUACCUGCUGUCAUUUUCAUGACAUUUGAAACAUUUCUAGUUCGUGUGAGAAUGCUGUGAUUGCAGAGGACUGGACACAUAAUACAUUGAACUGGACAGAUGAAUUUACCUAUACCUCUCAGGUCAUUUAGUAGUGUUUACUAAAUGCAGGCGGUGGAGGUAGGAUGCUGUUGAAUAUCUAUGGAAAACAAAGGCAGGAGCACUGCUUGGGUGAAACAAGUGGAUGUUAGAGGGUGCUCUUGGAAGCACUCAUUGCAUUUACGUCAUUUAGCAGAUGCUCUUAUCCAGAGCGACUUACAGUUAGUGAGUGCAUGCAUACGU